AUGUUUGGACGAAAGAGAUUUUCAUUCAAUGAUAUCCCAGAUCUUACUGGCAAAGUUGCGAUCGUAACAGGCGCCAAUUCUGGAAUUGGAUACGUAACAGCUCGUGAACUUGCCAGAAAAAACGCGCAUGUGAUUGUAUGCAGCAGAAGCAUCGAAAGAGGACAAACGGCCGUUAAUAAAAUCAAAACAGAAACUAACAACGAAGAAGUUGAAGUUUUGCAGUUGGACUUGGUGGAUUGGAAGGGUACUAAGGAUGCAGCGGAUAGUUUUGUUGCUAGGAAACUGCCUGUUAAUAACGCUGGAAUUAUGGCAACGUCAUACGAAUUAAAUGAACAUGGAAUUGAAAAACAAUUCGCAACAAAUCAUGUCGGUCAUUUUGUGUUUACUAAAACACUUUUACCAGUUAUCGAAGCAUCAGCUCCUUCGCGUAUUGUAAAUAUUGCCAGCGGUUUCCAUAAACGUGCUCCAAACGGGAUAAAUUUUGACGAUAUCAACCUUGAAAAAGAAAGCGUAUGGGCUCGAUAUGGUACUGUCGCUACAAAUAUAGCACACGGAUUCAUAGCCGAAAAUGGAGUCUUGGCUAAAAUAGCCUUCAACUUAAUUGGAAUAUUCGCGAUGAAUGAAGACGAUGGUGCUCUAACGCAAUUAUACGUGGCUACGAGCCCUGAAAUUGAAAAAGAAAAUUAUCGUGCUAAGUAUUUUGUGCCGUUUGCGAAAUUAGAAACACCGAAACCGUUUGCCACGAAUCAAGAGACUGCUAGUCGGUUGUGGAAGUGGACUGAGGAAUUUCUCAAUGAGAAAUUAGGAAUUUUUUGA